AUAAAGCCAAUAAGUAUUAGAUGUGAUUUGAUUCUAAGAAGCCUAUUUAGAGAUUGCUACAGCGAUGGUGACUAACUCCAUCCGCUACGAGCACAUUUCGGGCUCUGUCCCGCCUCACAAUAAUUACCACAACAAGAGUCCUCAGACCUCACGUGCUUCUAGAAGAUUUACUGGGAAUGCCAACAUUGAGCUUGAAUCUGCUGAGGAACCAAAGCCUUGUAUAAACGGCACCUCGGAAUCUAUUUCCCCUGAACACAAGGCAGACCACACCGCAGUCUUUGUCUCCGACGGCGCCCAUCCCGACAAGAAGCCGCCAAAAUGGCGACCAUUCAAGAUGAAAGAGAAAGAGAAAUCGGAAAAUAAAGAGGAGGAAAAGGAAGAAAUGAAGCCUCCAGUGGGCGUAUUUCAGCUGUUUCGCUACUCCACCUGCACUGAGCGCGCGUUGAUCAUCUUAGCGCUUGCAGCAGCAUCGUUGGCCGGGCUAUGCAUGCCCGCAAUGACCAUCCUCUUCGGUGACAUAACCAACGCCUUCGUUUACAGCGACUUCAACCUAACCGUCGUCGCAUACGAACUCAACAUGACAGUCGAGGAGGCGAAUACUACGUUCCAGGCCAUGUACUCAGAUGAUUUCUUCAGCGACGUUAUUCGUUUCGGUGCGGGCAAUGCAAUCAUCGGCGGCGUGCAGCUGGUGACGGGUUACAUCUUCGUCACGUGUCUAAACUACGCCGCAGAAGGACAGGUUCACAGGAUACGAACGCAGUUUCUGCGGUGCACUCUGCGCCAAGAGAUGGGCUGGUUCGACACGCACAAAACGAACGACUUCGCUUCCAAAGUUACCGAAGAUCUGAAUAAGCUACAGGAAGGCAUGGGAGAGAAAGUGGGCAUGAUUGUGUUCUUCUUUGUGAAUUUCAUAGCGCAUGUGAUUAUUGCCUUCGUGCACGGCUGGGAGCUGACCCUUGUGAUCAUGUCGGUGUUCCCUCUGCUAGCCAUCACCGCAGGGCUUAUAUCAAAGAUCCAGUCGUCACUCACGACUCAGGAGAUGGCAGAGUAUGCCAAGGCUGGCAGUAUAGCUGAAGAAGUUCUAUCGGGUAUCAAGACUGUCCUAGCUUUUGGUGGAGAAACUAAAGAGGUUAAAAGGUACGAAUCUAACUUGGUACACGCUCGCAACGCUGGCGUAAGACGCGGCAUGUUCUCGGGCAUCAGCCUGGGUCUGGUGUGGCUCAUCAUUUACGCGUCCUACUCCAUCGCCUUCUGGUAUGGCACAGGACUCAUCCUUGAUUCCCGAUACCCCAACGACGGCGAUUACGAUCCUGCCGUACUUAUUGUGGUUUUCUUCAGUGUCCUCGUUGGCGCACUGAACAUGGGUCAAGUUGCCCCAUUUGUGGAAGCUUUCAACAUCGCCCGCGGUGCUGCUGCCAACGUGUAUGACAUCCUCGAGCGCCCCUCUGCCAUCGACCCCAUGUCUGAAGACGGCCUCAGACCAAAUGAGGUUCACGGAAACAUUGAAUUCCGGCGUGUUCACUUCGAGUACCCGUCCCGGAGCGACGUGCCGGUGCUACAGGGCCUGUCGCUGCGCAUUCAGCCUGGCGAGACCGUCGCCCUCGUGGGCUCCUCGGGCUGCGGGAAAUCCACGUGCAUUCAGCUGCUGCAGCGCUUCUACGAUCCCAGACAAGGAGAGGUAACUCUGGACUCAGUUGAUGUGCGCUCGCUGAACAUCGGCUGGCUGCGUGACCAGAUCGGCGUAGUCGGCCAGGAGCCCGUACUCUUCGCCACGACCAUCGAGGAGAACAUCCGCUACGGCAGAGACGGAAUCUCCUUCGAGGACGUCGUCGCUGCCGCCAAGCAGGCCAAUGCUCAUGAUUUCGUCAUGAAACUUCCUAAGCAAUACCAGACUCAAGUGGGCGACCGAGGUGCCCAGAUGUCUGGUGGACAAAAGCAGCGCCUUGCCAUCGCUCGAGCUCUGGUCAAGCGGCCCAAAGUUCUCCUGUUGGACGAAGCGACUUCUGCGCUGGACAACCAGAGCGAAUCUAUUGUUCAAAAUGCUCUUGAUAAGGCUCGCCAAGGCCGCACGACGAUCAUUGUGGCCCACCGCCUUACGACCAUCAGGUCUGCUGACGUCAUCGUGGCCCUCAAGGAUGGCAGGGCUGAAGAGAUGGGAACCCACGACGAGCUCAUGGCCAAAAGAGGCCUCUAUCAUUCACUCGUCACUGCUCAGCUUGCUCCCAGUGAAAGAAAAAGCGCUCUCGAGGAAGAUCUCACCGAGCAGUCGGAGUAUAAAACAGCGACGGAAUUGGACCGCGACGUUCUGGACGAUAUCAGCGACAUCACCGCCUCGCUAGCCAUGUCGCCCACACGGCGCUCCAUUUCUAAGAAACUGGGAUCCUCGACAGUAUCGGUGAGGUCGCAGGGGACACAGCGUCGUUCUCGGGGCUCUGUGUACAUUCGUUUGCCUCUUCCCCAGGGAAAAAAGAAAGAAAAGCCCCCGACUCUCCCGAUGCGCGAGAUCCUGAAGGCGAACAAGACAGAGUGGCCGCAGAUCACGCUGGGCGUCGUCGGCUCCGUCAUCAUGGGCAGCUGCACGCCGCUCUACGCCGUCCUUUUCGGCGACGUCCUCGGCACUUUGUCCAUCGCUGACCCUGCAGAGGCUCGCGCCGAAGCAAACUUCUACGCUCUGUUGUUCUUGUGCAUCGGUAUUGUCGCUGCCAUCUCUACCUUCAUGCAGGCGUAUUUCUUCGCUCUGUCGGGAGAAAUUUUGACGAUGCGUCUGCGUAGCCGAGCUUUCUCUCAGAUGCUCAGCCAAGAGCUCGGCUGGUUCGACAUGGAUGAGAAUUCGGUGGGCGCGCUGUGCUCGCGUCUGUCUAGCGACGCCGCUGCAGUGCAGGGGGCGACUGGAUCGCGCCUAGGAACCAUCAUGCAAGCGCUCACUACCCUGGGCCUGAGCUUGGGUCUCGCUCUCUACUACGACUGGAGACUUGGUCUCGUGUGCGUACCGUUCAUCCCCGUGGUGCUUGUGGCUGUGUAUCUUGAAAGUAGAAUUCUAUCUGGGCAGUCCAUCACUGAGUCGGAAGUCCUGCAAAGCGCUGGCAAAAUUGCCAUGGAGGCGAUCAGCAACGUGCGGACGGUAGCAAGUCUGCACAAAGAGGAACACUUCAGCCAACGCUACGCCGAGGCGCUGCACGAGCCUCACCGCUUGGCUCUACGCAACUCCCACCUGCGAGGUGUUGCAUUUGGCUUCGCGCAAUGCGUUCCUUUCGGAGCCUACGCGGUGGUGAUGUUCUACGGUGGUUACCUCGUUGACAAAGGAGCUAUGCCCUAUGAAAACGUCUUCAAGGUGGCAGAGGCAAUCAUCUUUGGCACGAUGAUGGUUGGUCAGGCCGUCGCCUUCGCCCCCAACUACGCCAAAGGAAAAGUCGCCGCUGCCAGAAUCUUCAAGCUGCUGGCACGCGUUCCUCUCAUCGACUCGUCGCCGUCAGUUGGUCGCACGCUGAAUGAGGAAUUUGACGAAGUGCGUCUCCACGACGUGCACUUCCGGUACCCGAACCGCGAGGACGUGCAGAUCCUGCAGGGCCUGAGCCUGGUCGUGUCCAAGGGCAAGACGUUGGCCCUCGUCGGGUCCUCAGGAUGCGGCAAGUCCACCGUCAUCAGUCUCAUCGAGCGCUUCUACGAUCCCGAGAAGGGAAAGCUGACGAUCAACAACGAAGACUUGAAGGGACUGAAUGUUGGCAGCGUGAGGCGCGGUGUCGGGCUCGUGUCGCAGGAGCCGUUGCUGUUCGACCUGAGCAUCAGAGAGAACAUCGCGUACGGGGACAACAGCCGCGAAGUUCCCUUUGAUGAGAUCGUCGCCGCCGCCAAGCAAGCCAACAUCAGCAGCUUCAUCGAGUCUCUUCCUGAGAAAUACAACACUCGCGUGGGGUCCAAAGGCACGCAGCUGAGCGGCGGCCAGAAGCAGAGGAUCGCCAUCGCCCGCGCCCUCGUCAGGAACCCAAGCGUCCUCAUGCUCGACGAGGCCACGUCCGCGCUCGACACCGAGAGCGAGGCUGUGGUGCAGGAAGCUUUAGACAAAGCUCAGGCUGGAAGAACGAGCAUCGUGAUCGCCCACCGCCUCUCUACCAUCCAGGGCGCCGACACCAUCGCCGUCAUCAGCAGCGGCAAGCUCGUCGAGAGCGGCACGCACGACCAGCUCAUGGCGCGCAAUGGGCACUAUGCUCAGCUAUACCAGUCUAACCGGUGACUCUUAUCAAAUUUAAUCAAUACCUAAAAACGUAAAAGCAAAGAGGCGUGCAAUGGGCACUAUGCUCAGCUAUACCAGUCUAACCGGUGACUAGCAUCAAAUUUAAUCAAUAAC